UAGAAAUUGACCUUUUAAAUGGUAUAUUUAAACGAGUUGUAUAUAUUAGAUAACGGAAAAUAUAUCGGCGAAAUGAAAUGAAAACAAAGGAAAAUAUUCACUGUUGUUUAGAAUUAUAUUACUGAACUGGAAAUAUUAAAAGUAUCACUGUUAUUGUUUUGACAACUGCGAUUGGCCAUGUUUGUUUUAGCUCGCAACUAAAAUUAUCCAUAGGCUUAUCGUAUGUGAGUUCUCCAGCAUAGCAGAAAAUUGUGUGUGUGGUUUUUUUUUAAUAAGGAUACACUAUUAAGACUGCUUACAUCCAAAUACGAUCUUAAUUUAACAUAUAUUCAACGAUUUCAACCCCUGAGAGGAAUAAGGACCAAAAGGAAAAAGAAAAUACAGAUUAGCAUUGGAAUAUGGCAGCAAACUUGGCAGAUCAACUGAAGCAUGUAAAACUGAAGAAAACAAAAGAACCAACUCGUGAUUAUUCAGGUUUGAAAACUGGAGGUUAUUUAACGGAAGACGAGAUAAAAGACUAUGACGACAAUGUUCUGGCUGCUAAUACAGAACACUGGGUCGAUAUUCUACGAGACGUUACAUUUCCAACAGUUACUACUCCCUUCCAUUUAGAAGAUGCCAAGCUGUUUAUUGAUGUAUACACAAGGUUGUAUCAGAAUAAGGACUCAAGCCAAUCCAUAGAUCUUGACUGGCAGACUCACCUGAAAGAUGAAGAGAAAAGACACAUCAAAACAAUAAGCGAACGUUUGGAAAAAGCAAUGGAUAUUUAUACGACAAAAGGCUACGCUUUCGUAAAAUUGUCUUCCAGAAGUGCUAAAGAUGCACCCUUGAUUCAGAAAAGAUUUAAAUCUUUAUAUAUCAACAGAUUGUCAUCUUUUGAAGAAUCUGAAAAGGGAAAUGAAAAUGUUAAAAUUACAUGCCUCUUACAGGCAGGGUUUGAUGCACUUCGCGUGAAGACGUCAUUCGAUGUGAUUGACAUGUUUAUUAGGAGUGAACGGGUAUACCAAGACUUGUUACUGGCAGUCAAACACAAAGACAAGUUUAAUGAAAACUUUAUAAUAAGAGAGUUCGUUGACAUUGAUGUUGAUAUGGAAUUUCGUGGAUUUGUUUUUGACGGAGAGUUAAAUGCAUUAUCGCAGUAUAACUAUUUGCUAUUUUCAAAACGGCUGAACGACAAUCAAGAGGAGAUUGCUGGUAAAAUUAAAGAAUUCUUCAAUUUAGUUGUGAGACCAAAACUUAAAGCUGGUGAAUAUUUCCUUGAGAAGUAUGUGAUAGAUUUCGCUGUUACUAGAAGUGAUAAAGAAGGAUCCCUAGAUAAAGUGUGGGUUAUUGAAAUUAAUCCAUUCCUCAAUACAACUGACGGUGCAUUGUUCAGCUGGGAAAAAGAGCGUGAUAUUCUUGAAGGAAAACAAGGAUUUCAGUUCCGAAUUGUACAGCAGACAAAACCGGGUUCUUUAACCAUGAUGCCACAAAGUAUCAGGGAACUUCUCAAGUCAAUAUAACAUAACGACUUUGUAUAUGAGCUUUAAUUCCAUUCACUUAUUAUGUAUUCUCUUUCACAAAUGUGACAGUCAAUAUCAUAUGUACUCGAACAGAUAGAUUUAUGGAGUUUUUUUAUAUAUCCUUACAGUAAUUGAGGUGGCAUUACGUUUUACUCUUGUUAGUGUGUAUGCCUUCCAUAUGUCUGUAUGUCUGUACCUCUGUAUGUCUGUCACUUGACUUCCGUACGUCCCCAAAUUGAUUUCCAUUCUCAAGAUUUUUUUAGUUUGCUUCAAGCUAAAUCGUUAGAUUCUGUUCUCUACUUCAUGUAUGCCUCAAAUAAAUGUUAUGAAACUUA